AUCGCCAUCGGCGCUCAUUUUAAGCGGUUGGUGUAGCCUCUCCUCGCCACCAUGCUCCUAACAGCGCGGCUGCUCCGAUUUGCGCUUAAGCAGGGCGCUCCUGCAAGCGCAACUCUGCAGCAGCGAGGCCUCCAUGCAUCUGGUGUGGUGCCGGCUCGUCGAAAUCGCAGAGGUUCUCCCAGCAGCGCGUCCUCCAAGCAAUCGGCAGUCUACCAAGGCGGCGAGGAUGACGACGGGGAGUUUGGCAAGUGGUUCGAGGAGAUGCAGAAGCAGUACCCGAGCAAGGCUUCGUCCCAGGAGGAGGAGCUACCAGACACGAUGAAACUAGUCGACGACGAACAAAACGAACUCGACGAUGACGAAGAGCCCGAUGAAGAGACCGAGAUUUUUUUAGAAGAAGCAGAGGAGCUGUUUCGCCUGAGCCCGGCCGAAUUUCAGAAGCGAAUGGACACGUUCGACCAGCGCCACGCCCAUGAAGACGACGGUGAAGAGGAAGAGGACGGUGACGAGGGAAUCGAUCGUGCUAAAGAACGCAUUCCCAAAAAGAAGCUGCUGAAAGUACUGGGAGAGCUGAACCCAAACGCUGCGUCGACGAGCAAGAACGCUGAGCGGAUGCCGAACUCGAGUCUGAAAAACAAGAACAUGACCCCACUGGAGAAGAAGCCGAAACAGCCCAAGGCUGAGCGCGUGACGUAUCGCCAGGAGAGCGUGGGCAUCGCCGUGCUGGAGUUCGUGCAGAAUUUGCUAGUUGAGGACGCAGACUUGUCUGGAGAUGACGUCGUGCCUACGAUUAUCGAGGCUAACGUCUCGCCCGAUCUGCGUCGAGUCGUGCUGUUCUGGGAGCCUGUGCGCUUGAAUUCGGAGAAUCAGAAGAUCGGCAAGAAGAAAGUCGAGGCAGUGAAGAAUCGACUUCAACGCCAGGAGCGCUGGAUCCGCCGCAAUGUCACUCAGCAUCUGAACUUGAAGUACUCCCCUGUUGUCCAGCUCAAGCAACAGAGAGAAGCUAAGGCUGAAGAGGCACGGACACUGUUCGAGGAUGAAAUGAAGUGGCUUGACAGGGUGUAA